GGGGCGGGGCCAAUGUGGCGGUGACGUCACGGGGCGGGGCGGAGGCUGGCGCGGGUAGGUAAGCGCAGCGGCGGGCGGUGGCGCUCACUCCUGGCUUCCAACCGCGCUGAGCCUCUGCCUUGGAGAUUCUCAGUGCUGCGGAUUAUGUCCCUAAGGGGCAGCCUCUCGCGUCUCCUCCAGACGCGAGUGCAUUCCAUCCGGAAGAAAUCCGUCCACUCCGUGGCUGUGAUAGGAGCCCCGUUCUCACAAGGGCAGAAAAGAAAAGGAGUGGAGCAUGGUCCUGCUGCCAUAAGAGAAGCUGGCUUGAUGAAAAGGCUCUCCAGUUUGGGCUGCCACCUAAAAGACUUUGGAGAUUUGAGUUUUACUCCAGUCCCCAAAGAUGAUCUCUACAACAACCUGAUAGUGAAUCCACGCUCAGUGGGUCUUGCCAACCACGAACUGGCUGAGGUGGUUAGCAGAGCUGUGUCGGAUGGCUACAGCUGUGUCACACUGGGAGGAGACCACAGCCUGGCAAUCGGUACCAUUAGUGGCCAUGCCCGACAUUGCCCAGACCUUUGCGUUGUCUGGGUUGAUGCCCAUGCUGACAUCAACACACCCCUUACCACUUCAUCAGGAAAUCUCCAUGGACAACCUGUUUCAUUUCUCCUCAGAGAACUACAGGAUAAGGUACCAGAACUCCCAGGAUUUUCCUGGAUCAAACCUUGUAUCUCUUCUGCAAGUAUUGUGUAUAUUGGUCUGAGAGACGUGGACCCUCCUGAACAUUUUAUUUUAAAGAACUAUGAUAUCCAGUAUUUUUCCAUGAGAGAUAUUGAUCGACUUGGUAUCCAGAAGGUCAUGGAACGAACAUUUGAUCUGCUGAUUGGCAAGAGACAAAGACCAAUCCAUCUGAGUUUUGAUAUUGAUGCAUUUGACCCUACACUGGCUCCAGCCACAGGAAGUCCUGUUGUAGGGGGACUAACCUAUCGAGAAGGCAUGUAUAUUGCUGAGGAAAUAUACAAUACAGGGUUGCUGUCGGCACUGGAUCUUGUUGAAGUCAAUCCUCAGUUGGCCACCUCAGAGGAAGAGGCGAAGACUACAGCUAACCUGGCAGUGGAUGUAAUUGCUUCAAGUUUUGGUCAGACAAGAGAAGGAGGGCAUAUUGUCUAUGACCAGCUUCCUACUCCCAGUUCACCAGAUGAAUCAGGAAAUCAAGCACAUGUGAGAAUUUAGGAGACACUGUGCACUGACAUGUUUCACAAUGGGCAUUCCAGAAUUAUGAGGCAUUGAGGGGAUACAUGGAUACUAAAUGGUUGUCUGGGUCAAUACUGCCUUAAUGAGAACAUUUACACAUUCUCACAAUUGUAAAGUUUCCCCUCUAUUUUGGUGACCAAUACUACUGUAAAUGUAUUUGGUUUUUUGCAGUUCACAGGGUAUUAAUAUGCUACAGUACUAUGUAAAUUUAAAGAAGUCAUAAACAGCAUUUAUUACCUUGGUA